UGUGAACAUGUUCUUCUAUUCGCUGCUAUUUCUUUUCCUUCCUUACACGCUUUCUGUGGUUUGCCAGGACUUAGCACCACUCACUGUCGACACUUCGUACUAUUACCGCCUCACAAACGAUCUUACCGGACCUACAAAAGCCCUAGAUGUCCUCCCGGACGGGUCUGGUGGCCUCGCCAUUGUCGACCUUGGCCCAUCAAGUGGGCAGUUCUGGCGCUUGACUCAACUCACCAACGGUCCGAAAUACGCCCUGAGCACCUUGUACCUGGGGGAUGCGCUCUCUCUGGACGUUGUCAACGACGACGGAAACGCGAGUACUCAUGUGCAUCUCGAUACCACGCGAAAAGAUUCGGGACAGUACUGGACUCUUACGCCCGCCGCAAAUGGCUCUUUCACACUAAGUAACGACUUCACCGGCCUGGACAGACCUCUAGGCGUCUCAAUCGAGGAAUCCAAGCCAGUACUCGGUAGUAACAACUACUCCGGCAAACAUUGGCGGCUGGCCAAGAUCUCGGACGUUACCGGCAAUGAUGAAAUACCAGCACUGAAGCACGUCGUCAAGGGACACCUCAACGAACAGGGGAACUAUGAUGAUGCGCACCCUUCGAUACCUGGGACAUGGAAAGCCGUGAUGGUCUUCGUAGAUUUUGACGACUCCCACGCGCGGGAUACCGACAACCAAACUGCAAUAGGACAACAGCUAAUGGGUAACGGAUCUCUCGCCGAACUCUUCUUCAACCAGUCUUACUCCAACCUGAACCUCUCGAUUGACGUCCGCUCCGAUCUACCCUGGCAUACCAUUUCCGGAGCCUGGAGGCGAGAUUGGGGCAACAACAUAAGCGGAUACAACGCUGCCGCCAUGAGCAGCUUCACCACCGACGAAGUCGACUUCUUCGCAUACGACGUCGUCAUGAUCGUGCCGCCUCAAAACUGUGGAGCGGACCGCUCGUACGAAAGCGGCAAUGUGACUGUCGGCUCUCGCAACGUUAGCUCCGUAAUCACGGUAGCAGAUGACGACUACACGAAUUGGUAUACUAUGGCACAUGAGCUCGGACACUCGCUAGGUCUUCCAGACUUGUAUCCAUACAAUAAAACUACAACGGCCGAUCGACACCUUUGGCAAGGCGGGCCCUGGGGCCUUAUGGCAGACGAUUACCAGUCACGUGGCUUCGUAGGCUGGCACCGUCACCGGCUCGGCUGGCUCGCUACCGAACGGAAGACCUUCGUCAAAGCACCAACAGCGUCUGGAAUCACUAAGCGGACACUGCUAACUCCAUUGGACGGACAUUACGGAACCAGCCUGCUCGCCAUGGACAUCGGCAACACCUCCAAGCUCCUAGUGGCAGAGGUCGUUCAGCCACUGCAGGGAGCCAACGCAACGGAAUGGAAUCAGGGCUUGAUGGUCUAUACGAUUGACUCAACGGUUCGCUCGGGCUACGAGCCCUUGAGAUUGGUGCAUAAUAUAGCGGGCGUCCCGAGUAACCGCGGGGCGGCAUGGCAGACACCUUGGCAGGUGGGCUCUACGAUGACUUAUGCCGCGGAGCAUAUAAACGUUACUUUGAAGGUUGAGCAGCAGAUAAAGGAUUCGUAUUUUGUUGAGGUUCGCUACGACGUGGUUCUGGGAUUCACGGGCCCGACGGAGUUUGCUGUUCCAGUGGAAUUAAUAGAAGAUCCGAAUCCGGACUCGGGAGCACAUCAUUGAGCGUUGGAGUCUGGCAUUGGGACUAUGCAUAUAGACGGAGUUUGGCUUUGGAAUGAUGCAUAUAGAUGGCGCUUGGCUUUGACACUACGCGUAUCGAUGGAGUACGUUGUUCUUAUCAGCUAGACGGUUUAAUUGUAUAAUAUGAGGAAGCUUUACUCUCGAUCAUUCUGGAGAAAAUGGAGACAGCAUGUACAUACAAGGGACUCGCGAGGCGCUGAUUGCUCUCCUAUCG